UAUAUAAAAUUCGUUGAAGAGUAUAAAAAGGUACUUGAUUUUAUCGUAAUUGUCGCGCAAAAGUUCCAUGCAAAUAACAUAUUAAUUGUGACAAUAUACUCAAAUUGUAUCAAUUACCUGCGGAAUAUUAAACGCGACGAUCGUGAUUAAAUUUAAUCGGUACUCGAGUGACGAUCGCGCAUUUAACCUAAUUAACUUCGAUAUAAUCGUGCCAACGUGUGAGUGUGUGAAACAAACUUGGUGACGAAGGUUGCUGCGUCGUCGAAUCCUGCAAAAAAAUUGCUGUCCUUGUCGAGCAACGAAAAACUCAUGCGAAGGAUGUGACGUCAGCGAUGUUCGCAGAAUGAAGGUCGUGCUGAUCGCAGAACGGACGUAAGAAAGUUCGAAGGAGCGUAGAUGAGUUCUAUUGUCUGCGUCCUCGACCAGCAUUGUGUGCUACAACUUCGCUGCGCAUCGUGCCGAACGAGCUUCCAGUUCUAUGCUGGCGAACUUCUUUGGUACGACCUGGGCUUACGUCGGGGUAGCUAGUGAACCCUCUCUCGGUGGCGAAAGGAAGAAUAAGACGGAGAGGCAGUCAGCGAGAAAGCGGGCGAGUCCGCGCGGAAGAAGAAGAAGAGGAAGUCCGGAGAACGCAGGCGCAGGCACCGUAGGUGAUGUGAGGCUGGCGCCCGCCUCACGUCUGGGGUGAUGCCCUCCAGUGAGCCUCAUCCCCCGUACCACCUUCAGCACCACAAUAUUCCUCCGUCGCAUCUACAGCAGCACACGCCGAGCGCGAUCGAGCAUCAGUUAUUUCAGCAGCUGGUGGCGGUCCAUCAUCAGCAGCAGCAACAGCGACAGCAGCAACACGGCGGGCCUUUCCAAAAUUCCACGUACGCGCAGCAGAAGCAGGAGAUGAGCCCGGAGGAGGAGGGGGGCCGAGGGGGUGGGUCCCCCCCGGCGGCUGGGGCUGCGUUACAUCAGCCCCAUCACCCCCGCACGGCUAGUCCACCUUCGGGCACGGAACCCUGCACCCGCGACGCGAUACCGACACCUACACCUAUCGCGGACACCACCACCACCACUACGACCACUACUAUGACUAUGCAGUCGCAGAGUCAGCAGCAACAGCAAGGCCCUAGUCCGAGUCCGAGUCCGACGGGCGGCGAUGUAGAGAAAUUCGACGGUAAGAUUGUUUACAAUCCGGAUGGAUCGGCCUACAUCUUCGAAGGCGAGAGCGAGCUCAGCGAAGACGACUCUCUACCCGACGGUUGUAUCGUAGACGGGCGCGGUGUAUCGGUUCCUCACUCCUUAGUUUUCCCACAAAUCGCGAACGCGUAUUAUGUUUCGCGGCUGUACGCGCACCAGGUCUACCAGCAGCAGCAGCAACAACAGCAACAACGCUCGACGGCCCAACAGCACAAUCCCGAUCUUCCUGUGAUGCACAGUUAUCGGGUGAUCAGCUAUAGGAGCGCAGAGGGUAAACAGCAACCCCCUCCAAAGUUCACGGCGCCACCAUCCCCUGCAUCAGUGCCCAUCAAACCUAUCCUAAUGUGUUUCAUAUGCAAGCUCAGUUUCGGAUACGCGAAAAGUUUCGUCGCGCACGCUCAGGGCGAGCAUCAACUUACUUUAAUGGAAGACGAACGACAGAUACUCUCGCAAUCGACGGCGUCGGCCAUUAUUCAGGCCGUUGGUCGAGGUAAGCAGCCGCUUGUUAGUUUCCUGGAGCCUGUCACGAACUUGGCUUGCGCUCAGGCGUUGCCCGCGCAAGUACAAAAUCAACAGCAACAACGCAACGAGCAGCAACGUAACGAGUCUAACGAACACGAGAUAACGCCGACGACAACGAACACCCCGGCGAGCACACCUGGCGUACCUAGUAGUCCUCAACAGCAGCAACAAUCGUCACAGACGCAACAGCGGCCCUCGCCGAGCACGCCGACAACGCCGACGUCGCACUCGAAUCAUCCUCUCGCAUACAAUCAUCAACAGCAUCAGUGGACGGGCGCGCAGGUUAGCGCCGUAUCAUGGGCUAAAGCUCCCGAUGUCAUGCAUUACAGUUCACCACCACCGCCGACUUCGUCGGCUAAAGGAUCCCCAUCUUCGUACGCGCUCACUCAUCCACAGAACCCACCGAGUUACAGCGGCGGUACUACGAUAGGUGUGUGUUCGGAUCAUAUGCAAGGCAGGCCGAGCGGAGUAGAGUGCGGUAGAUGUGAAUUGAUAUUAGCUACCAGUCGACUCGCCGGUGCUGGUGGACCGCUCGCUGGCAUUCACAGUCGGAAUUCUUGCAAGACCCUGAAGUGUCCUAAAUGUAACUGGCAUUACAAGUAUCAAGAGACUCUUGAAAUACACAUGAAGGAGAAGCAUCCCGAAAACGAGACAUCCUGUAUCUAUUGCAUCGCAGGUCAGCCGCAUCCUAGGUUAGCGCGUGGCGAGACUUAUACGUGCGGCUACAAGCCAUACAGAUGCGAGGUAUGCAAUUAUUCUACCACGACGAAGGGCAAUCUCAGUAUACAUAUGCAAAGUGACAAGCAUCUAAACAACAUGCAGGAACUGCAGCAAGGCAGCGGGGGUGGCUCCAGUACCAGUAACCCUUCCUCGUCUCAGGAGGCGCCAAUGCCGACACGGAGUCCUCACCAUCAGCAGAAUCACAAUCCCCAUAUGGCCGCCCAGAGUAGUAAUCAGAGUAAACCGAAGCAUUCGUUUCGCUGCGACGUGUGCAACUACGAGACAAAUGUUGCGCGGAAUCUGAGAAUACAUAUGACGAGCGAGAAGCACACGCACAACUCGCUCGUUCUGCAUCAAAAUAUCAAGCAUAUGCAGACAUUGUCCGUGUUGACUCACCAUCAGCAAGCGCAGCACCAUCAUCAGCAGGCGCAACAGCAUCAACAACAGCUUGAACAAUUGCUUCACUUAGGCGGUCUAGACAAACCGCAACACGCGGAGGCGGCAUUGGCCGAUAUGGCUUACAAUCAAGCGCUCCUAAUACAAAUGAUGACCGGCGGUCCACUGCCGCAGCAGCUCCCACCUGAGAUCAUGGCGAACAUGGCUGCCAUGACUAAUCUUGGCGGCGAUGUUGGGCUUUCGCCGGAUAGCAUGGAGCCGCCACCGGAACCUGCGGAUCAGGAUCCGUCUCAAAUUUAUCACUGCUGUGUCUGCAACAACUUCGCGACGGAUUCGCUCGAGGCUUUGGGCCAUCACCUGGCUAUCGAUAGAACGAGAACCCGUGAGGGCGAGAUACUUGCAGUGUUAAACGCAAACUUUGUUUGCAAGCUCUGUUCCUAUAAAACCAAUUUGAAAGCGAAUUUCCAGCUGCAUUGCAAGACUGACAAGCAUCUGCAGCGGCUGCAACACGUGAACCACGUGAAGGAAGGUGGUCCACGUAACGAAUGGAAACUCAAGUACUUGGCGUCACCCACGAGCGCCGCGCAAUUGCGUUGCCACGCGUGCGAUUAUUACACCAACAGCGCCCAUAAAUUGGCUCUGCACGCCGCCUCGCCUAGGCAUGAUGCCGCGACGCUUUUGCUCCGUCAUCUUAUCGAGGCGAGCGGCAACAUCCAAACUCCUGGGAAAUUGUAUCACUGUGCUUUGUGCGGAUUCAGUGCCAGGCACCGAUUGCCGCUCCUACAACAUGUGAAAUCUAUGCGACAUUUUCAAAUGGAGCAGCUACAUCAGCUUCAUAGGAGAAGCAACCUCCAAGGAAACGAGACUCCGCUCCCGCACACGGAUAUUAGCGAAGUGUUUCAAGUAGUGAGCGAUCCCGAUGUACCGUCUACGCAACAACCGAGCCCAACCACGCCGACGACACCCAACGCAACAAGCACCAAUAAUGAACGACGAGAUGAAGGUAGUGAGUGUGGUAGUGAAGUGAAACAAGAACCGGAUAAUGAUCCAGAACCGGAAGCGGAGCCGGAGAAUGACCAAGAGGAAAUUACGUGCCUAUACUGUACGUAUCAGCCGACGUCACGGGAAGAAUUACGACAACAUUUGCAAGUGGCUCACGUUCAUGAUUCGGAAGAGAAAACUGAAGCAGUGAAGGAAGAGACGCCGGAAUUAUUAUGUCCGUUGUGCCAAGAUAGUUUCAAGGAACGUCCCGCGCUUGAGAAGCAUGUGAUGCAAAUUCAUUCCGUUAACACCGACGGUUUGCAAAGGCUAUUAUUAUUGGUGGAUCAAAGUCAUUGGCUUAACAAUAAUCCAAGGAAUACUUCAACACCAGCUGUUACAGUUCCAACGACGCCGACGUCGCCCACAACAACGACGAAACCCCAUCAGGAAGAAGAUCUGAGCGAACGAAGUGGCAACGAUGACAUCGAGGAGCUCACCAGGUGUACUGUGUGUGGUCGAGUUUACCGUACCCUCGAAGAUCUUCAGCAACAUCACAGAGAAGCUCAUCCGGCUACGACGCCUACUUUAGCAGUUAGCGAGAAACAUGUUUACAAGUAUCGUUGCGGACAGUGCAGCCUCGCUUUCAAGACUUUAGAGAAGGUUCAACAACACUCCCAGUACCACGCGAUCAGAGACGCAACCAAAUGUACGAUCUGCAGCCGAUCUUUUCGUUCAGUUCAAGCGCUUCAGAGACACUUGGAAUCUGCUCACGAUUUUCAUGAGGACGAGUUAGCUCACUACAAGCAGAGCUUACUUCACGCACAUCCGUUGUUUCAAGCAAUCACGGAAGAAACGUUGAGGAGACAAAGCGGCUUGAUGAGCGAGCAGAAUACAGAAGAUGACGCGGGUAAAGGUGACGAAGAGGAAAGUGAUGCUAGUGACUCGUCCCCAUUGCAGAAGGAGCAACGUAUGCUAGAGGAUUACUUAAAUAGCCAAACAAUUGCCGAAGAUUCUUAUCACGAUCCUAGUCGAAAAUUCAAGUGUCACCGAUGCAAGGUGGCCUUUACGCGUCAGAGCUAUCUCACCGGCCACAACAAGACCUUGUUACAUCGCAAAGGUGAAAAAAUGUCUUAUCCAAUGGAAAAGUAUCUGGACCCUAAUCGACCGUACAAGUGUGACGUUUGCAAGGAGAGCUUCACGCAAAAGAAUAUACUUCUCGUACAUUACAACAGUGUGAGUCAUUUGCACAAGCUGAAGCGAGCGAUGCAAGAGCAAGGUAACAACAAUACGUUGCUCUCGGUACCUCCAGCUAGCCCGACCGAGUCGCCCGAUUCCCAGCAAGAUCAGGACAAGAAACCAUAUAAGUGCAACAUCUGCAAAGUCUCGUAUAGCCAGGGUAGCACCCUGGAUAUUCACAUGAGAAGCGUUCUUCAUCAAACGCGUACCAGUAAACUACAGGAUCUUGCAGCCAGUGGUCAGUUAGAUCUCGCUCGGCCACUGAUUGAGCAACCACCGCCAACAAGCCCGACCAGUUCACCCGUCAACAGUAACACGAGUAAUUCAAGCGGGAUGCUUUGCUGUUCGCGUUGCAAUGCUCUGUUCGUCAAUCAAGAACAAUUGGCGACGCAUCAGCAACUGUAUUGCAUUUUUAGCAAUCCAUUGGCAUUGUUUCAACAAUUGGCUGCAUCGCAACAAUUGGGCUCGUCCACUCCUGCGAAAACACCACCUCCUGCAUCUACGACACCAGGACCGCAGCAACACAUGCAGCAAGCCACUCAGCAUUCAUCGCAAGAUAUUCUCUCUCAACCGCGACACAAGACCUCGCAAAUGUACAAACAUCUCCUGGAGAGCUUCGGCUUCGAUCUUGUCAUGCAGUUUAACGAGAAUCAUCAAAGACGGCAACGCAAGGAGGAGGAAGCGGCCGCCGCUCUUCAAGCGCAACAAGAACAACAAAAGCAAGAGCAGCAGAAGCAAGCUCUCGCUGCUCAAGCCGCGCAAGAGAAAGAGGAAGAAGUCGAGGAGACUCACAUCGAUGAUGACGUGAUACCCGAACUUACACGCAGCACUUGUCAGCACUGUAACAAAGAGUUUAGUAGUGUUUGGGUUCUGAAAGCUCAUUGUGAAGAGGUUCAUCGUGAUCUCGUACCUCGCGAGUUUCUCGAAAAAUAUGCGCAGCAGUUUAAGUGUGAGUACGAGAAGAAAAGUGUAGUGGUGACCGUCGCGACGUCCUCAUCAACCACUACGGCGCCGAGAAGUUCCACGCCCGCUGCUGGACAACCACAAGAUCUCAGUUCUGAUAAGGAAUCGCGUGAAAAAGAAAAGGAAGAAAACACUGAAAACAAAGAACGUGUCAGUCGAACACCAGAAGCCACGUCUACUACUCCAACAACGACUCCGGCAUUGAGCAACACUCCAGUUUCAAGCACAGAUUCGACGACGCCGACUGUAUUGCCUACCAAUUCGCAUCAUAUUCCACAACAGCAGCAGUCACAGCAGCAGCAGCAACAAUCACAACAGCAACAGCAGCAGCAACUCACAUUUGCGCAACAAAUGUCAGAAAUGCAGGCUGCUUUGAACGCAAUGGCGGCGUCGCAAUUACAGCAACAUCUACAACAAUAUCCGGGAUUAAUGAUGGGAAUGAUGGGAUUACCAUUCUCAUUGAAUGUACCCGCUUUGGCGGCUAUGAACUUGCAGCCACCUCUAGUGCCAAUGAUGUUACCACCACCACCGUAUGAUGGUGCUGCCGCCGGAUAUCCACCGAUUAAUCAAGCGGAUCUUCUUGCUAAGCAGCAUCUUGCAACUCUUCAGCAACAACAGGCGGCGGCAGCAGCGAACGCAGCUGCAUCACAGAAACGGGCACGUACGCGUAUCACUGAUGAACAAUUAAAAAUACUACGCGGCCACUUUGAUAUUAAUAAUUCUCCUGGUGAAGAGCAAAUUUUAGAAAUGGCUGCUCAGAGCGGUUUGCCCCCUAAAGUUAUAAAACAUUGGUUCCGAAAUACGUUAUUUAAGGAACGGCAACGUAACAAAGAUAGUCCUUACAAUUUCAAUAAUCCGCCAAGUACUACUCUGAAUCUCGAGGAAUACGAAAAGACCGGCGAGGCGAAAGUAACUCCGUUAAAUUCUAGCGUGUCUGGAAGUUCUUCCGACGAUAAAAGCCCGAAUAAGCAAACCACACCUCCACCAUCUAUGCAGAAUGCAAGCACAUCGCAGCCUGCCGAAAUUAAGCAAGAGAUACCCGAGCAAUCGCAAUGUCAACAGCAACAGCAAACUCAACAGCAUCAAGAGGAACAGCAACAUCAUUCGCCUGGUAGCUCGGGUGACCAACAAUCCCGACCGCAUUCACCUGCGCUUAGUAUGAGUUCCGUGUUUUCGGGCAUCCAUCAUGACAUUUCAUCCCAUCCUCCAUCAACCACAAACACUCCGAGUACUCCGAUGUUACCGCCAAAACUAACGCCCCAAAAUUUUGCCAAUCCCAGUCCGGGAACAGGUAAUGUAGUGUCGAACGCUAUCGCUGCCAUGGCACUUACACCACAGAGAUCUCUGAGCCCGGGUCGUGGACCGACGGAUUAUUCUUUCGGCAGCAAUAGUAAUGGCAGCAACAGCGCCGGUAGCAGUUCCGGAAAACGCGCCAAUCGAACGAGAUUCACCGAUUAUCAGAUAAAAGUUCUUCAAGAAUUUUUCGAGAACAACGCUUAUCCAAAAGAUGAUGAUUUAGAGUAUCUCAGCAAGCUUCUCGGCUUGAGUCCGCGUGUGAUUGUGGUGUGGUUUCAAAACGCUAGACAGAAAGCACGUAAGGUUUAUGAAAAUCAACCCGCCGCCGAGCCUGUGACAGCGGGCGGACGCGAGAAUGACGAUGGUUCUGGCAGAUUUCAAAGAACACCAGGAUUAAACUAUCAGUGCAAAAAAUGCUUGCUAGUAUUUCAACGAUAUUACGAGCUUAUACGCCAUCAGAAAACGCACUGCUUCAAAGAGGAAGACGCCAAGAGGAGUGCGCAAGCCCAGGCUGCGGCGGCUCAAGUUGCCGCGGUUCUAAGUUCCGAAGACAGUAACAGCAGCUCUACCACAACUACAAACAACACGAUAGCCAACAAUCCAUCGGCCGCCCCUGCGCUCGCGGAACAAUUACAACAACCGUUGAAUACCGCUACGCCUCCUCAUUCACAUCAACAACAGACAUUGUCUCAAACGCAUCAACAGUCCCAACAACAGUCGCAACAGCAGCAGUCGCAGCAACAGCAGUCACAGACGGAAUCGAAGGAAAGUAACUAUCAGUGCGAAAAAUGUAACUUAGUGUUCGCACGAUUCGAGCUUUGGCGCGAGCAUCAGAUAGUACAUAUCAUGAACCCGACCCUGUUUCCGCCAACAGGCGGCUACCCACCUGAUUCACCUUUCGGAAUUCUGCAGCAGCAAGCACUUAAUGCUACCUCCGUUGUUACAACAGACACCCCGCAUCCGCUCAUUGCCAUGAUGCAAAAGAGAAAAUACGAGGAUUCCGAGGAAGGAACGGGCGGCGACAACCGUUUAAACUCGGAACACAACGAGCAACCUAAGGAUAAACGUUUGCGAACCACAAUACUUCCCGAGCAGUUGGAUUAUCUCUAUCAAAAAUAUCAAGUCGAGUCGAAUCCAUCGAGGAAGAUGUUGGAGACGAUCGCCCGCGAGGUUGGCUUGAAGAAACGCGUAGUGCAAGUUUGGUUCCAAAACACACGCGCUCGUGAACGUAAGGGUCAAUUUCGCGCCCAUAGCCAAGUGAUCAACAAGCGUUGUCCGUUCUGUCCAGCGCUAUUCAAAGUGAAGUCUGCUUUAGAAUCUCAUCUUAGCAGUAAGCACGCCGAUCAGGUAGCUCGCGGUGAAGUGAACAUCGACAACAUCCCCGAUGAGGAGCUCUCGAUGGAAUCUGCUCCUUCUAAUUCUUCAACUUCUCAUAUGAUGCCACCGCUAUUUCCGCCAAUCAAUAAUAGCGACAUGGAGACGUCUUUAAAAUCUUUGAAAUAUUAUGAGGAUAUGAAACGAUACUUUAGCGAACUAAUGCACAGUGGUGCUAGUAAUGGAAAGCAAGAAACAGCGAAUCAUCAAGCUGGCAACAACAGCGGCGAGUCUCCGUUGGAUCUGAGCAAACCGGUCGACCUCAGCCGACCCAUGAAACUGACUCUGGUGGGCGGCCUGAAUAGUCUUCUCGAAGAGCAACAUGGCGCUCACUUCCGCGGUGGUAGCGACUGCGGACCCCUGACUGAUUUAUCCGAGCGCAGCAUUUGCGACGAUGAUAGCAUGAGCGAGACCACGGAAUUUUUAGACGACGAGAGCGGUCCGGCGAGUCCAGCUUCGAGUACUCAGAGCUCGAGGCAAGGACCCGCUAGUGGAAACACCGGGAAUACCUCUGGACCGCCGGUGACCAGUGCACAAUCCAGCGGCGGGAACACUAGUCAAUCCGGCGGUAAGCGGUACCGUACACAGAUGUCAGGCACCCAGGUGAAAGUGAUGAAGUCGCUGUUCUCGGAUUACAAGACACCGACGAUGGCCGAAUGUGAGAUGCUCGGUCGCGAAAUCGGCCUGCCGAAACGAGUGGUCCAGGUGUGGUUCCAGAAUGCUCGUGCCAAGGAGAAGAAGGCUAGGCUAGCGGCGGGUCUACCAGCCGAGAGCUCAGCCGUUCAACCGCAUCGCGGACCGACCGGACCAGACGAGUGCAGACUGUGCUCUGUCCGUUAUUCUGCCAAGACCCCGCUGCAGGAGCAUGUCUUCUCACGGCGGCACAUCGAAUCGGUGCGCGUCGCCGUUGAAGAGGGCAGUCUGGUGCCGCCGACUCCCGGGGCACCAAUCGUACCCGGUGGCGGUGGUGGCAGUGGUCCUGGUAUCAGUAAUUCCCCGGUAGUCGCUACUACCAGUCAGCAACAGCAGCAGCAGCAGCAGCAACAGUCGGACGAAAAUAUGAUGUACGGAUCCGUGUUCCUUCACCCCACGGCAAUGUUCCAGUCGCAGCAGCAGCAGCAGCAUCCCGCCGGUGCUACGGCCAACGCAGCUAGCACCACUACCGUAGCGGCUGCGGGCUUGAGCGGUGGCCUACUCGGUGGUCUAAUGUCGCUGCACGUGGAGGGCGGCGCGCAGGUGCAGGUGCCGCGGGCCUUGAUGCAGGCGUUCCUGCAGCAGGACCCGAACCAUCCGGGCCUGGAGACGGUGCGUCUGCCGUGCGUUCCCGACGAGACGGGCGUCGCGUCGCCGCAGCACUGCCGCGAGGCCGAGAUCGAGCUGUGCCUGGUGUGCCGUCGUUGCGGCCGAGCUUAUCCGCAGGAGUCGACGUUGCUGGCGCACCAACGCUCCUGCUACCUGGGCAAUCAGCAACGUCGGGGCGCCCUACGUCUCGUGCAGAUGCGCUACGCCUGCUCGCUCUGCGAACCCGGCAUCCCGACGCGCACCUAUACCACGGUGAACGAUUGGCGUCGCCACGCCGAGACGCUCCAGCAUCGCACGCGUCUCGAGGCCGCUCAACAGCAGCAACAGCAGCAACAGCAUCAGCAUCAGCAGCAACAGUUCGACGGCGGUGCGCAGUCCGGGGAAGAAACGAAUCCGCUCACCGACGAGAUGGAGGACGUCGUCAAUCAGAUCACCCUGCUGGCGGCUCGCGCGGCCGCUGAAAGUACGACUAGCGGUCAGCCACAGGCUGGAGAAAGAACCGGCGGUCAGGACAACAACAACGGGCCUGAUGCCAAACGGCAAAAGCUGGUCCAGGAGGUCACCGCCCUCGCCGGGGCACGUUAAGGCGCCGCCAGGGCUCGGUCUAUCCUCUUAUCUCCUCCGGAGAGAUGUACGGCAAGUGCGCGAUGAGCAGAUCGAAACAAGAUCCAGUGGAAGGGGACACAUCGAAGAGAAGAGAGACGGAUGGACGUCGCUCGGAGAAGCUCCGGAUUCGAGGACGUCGCGGUGGACGACGAGCCAAUGUUCCUAACCGGCGAUGAACGGGCAGCAACGGGUGUAUACAUCUCUCGCGGUGGAGCACUCCGUCGCGUCGGGGGCAUCUGCCCCGUCAAAGAGGCGGUAAGAGGGGGGGCAGGCGGGGGGGUAAACUUAGUCGCGACGAUCCUCUCUCGUAAAUUUUCUUCUUCGUCAUCUCGCCCUCCGCUGCCUCCCUGCCCCCUGGCCCCCGAUUCGCCUAUUAUUUUUGUAAUUGCGAAUCCCGCGCAGCGCGCGCCGUGAAGUCGCGCGCUCUCCAAAGUUCCUCUCGUAGCACGAAAGAAAGAAGAAAAAAAAAGGUAAAUAAUGAAGAGAAGAAAGGGGAGAAAAGGUAGCAAAAGGACAGAGAGAGACUCUCGACGAAGACGAGCGUCUAGGUGGAAUCGCCCCGGGGGACGAUCGAACAGACACGAUCGAGCAAAUCCUAAUCCUCUUCUUGCCGGUCGAUACAACAACCGGUCGGUCGGUCAUCGGUUCGAUCGGAUCGAUCCUUUUUGGGCCCAUAUCUCGGAGCGAUGCGCGCGGUACAUUUACAGGAGAAGAGGGUACGAGAAAUCCCGAAGGGGGUUGGCUGGGAAAGUACGUCGUACGCGACGCGGAACGACGCGCGUCGAGGUGGGCUAACUUAAACGUUCCUAUGUAAAGUAAUAAUAAAGAUUUAAAGCACACAUACACACACAGAGUUACUAAAAAAAAAAAAAAGUGGGAAAAGGAAGGAGGAACAAGAGGAAACAAGCGGACGCCGCUGCUUAGACGCGGCGUUUAAUAUAGGAUAGAUGGCGUGUGCGGCGCGCGAAACUAAAAAAAAAACGCCGCCACCGUUACACAUACGUACGUACAUAUUCAUAUACAUAUAUAUAUAUAUAUAUAUAUAUAU